GUAGUUGUUAAAUUCUCUUUGGUUUUAAAUUUGCACCGAAAUUGAUUUCACAAAAUUAAAAUGAACCUAUUUUAAUUUAUUUCUAAUUCUAAAUAAUCGAUUGGCAUUCACUGGCUUUCACCUAAAUUACAGGUAGGAAUAUAUUUUUUCCAGUUAUUAAGGGUCGUUUGGUUGGAUCAAAAAAACUAGUGCUUUAAACAUGAGCAAGCAGCCAGAAAAACCAGCUACACCACAAUUCAACCUGCUACCAAAAAUUAUAAAUGGAGGAAUCGCUGGAAUUAUUGGAGUAUCUGUCGUCUUUCCGUUAGAUUUAGUAAAAACUAGAUUACAAAAUCAAACUAUAGGGCCAAAUGGCGAGCGACAGUAUAAAAAUAUGUUGGAUUGCUUUAAGAAGACUUAUGCAGCUGAGGGCUACUUCGGCAUGUACCGAGGGUCUGCCGUGAACAUUAUCCUCAUCACACCAGAGAAAGCCAUCAAAUUGGCGGCCAAUGACAUGUUCCGUUUUUAUCUCACCCUGCCUGAUGGGUCGUUGCCCGUGUUCCGUCAGAUGGUAGCGGGCGGUAGUGCGGGAGCCUGCCAGAUCGUCAUCACCACACCGAUGGAACUGCUCAAAAUUCAGAUGCAGGAUGCUGGGAGAGUAGCCGCACAAGCUAAAGCUGAGGGUCGUACGAUCGAGCGGGUGACAGCUCUUCAGCUAACGCGCCGCCUCAUCAGAGAGAGGGGUAUCCUGGGGCUGUACAAGGGCAUCACCGCGACUGCAGCACGGGACAUCUCCUUUAGUAUCAUCUACUUCCCGCUCUUCGCGACGCUCAACGACCUUGGACCAAAACAGCCGGGAGCCAGUGCGCCACCAUUCUGGUGGUCGUUCGGGUCCGGUUGCGGCGCAGGAUCUACCGCGGCGCUGCUCGUAAACCCCUUCGAUGUUGUCAAAACCCGCAUGCAGACACUUACCAAAGGCUCCGGGGAACGACAAUACACAUCCAUUCUAGAUUGUAUCACGAAAACUUUAACACACGAAGGGCCCACGGCCUUCUUCAAGGGAGGCGCCUGCCGUAUGAUCGUCAUCGCACCUCUCUUUGGUAUCGCUCAGACAAUUUACUAUUUAGGCUUAGCGGAGAAUUAUCUUGGUAUCAAAUAAAUUAAUAAGAUGUAAUCCGCUUAUUCAGUGAUCGCUUCAGAUAGUGUAUUUAUCAUUUAGCAAUAAUUUAUUUAGUUCAGCCAUAUUUUAUUGUGAAAUCUAGUCGGUGUUCAUAAAACAUUAUUAUAUUAUGUUCACAAUGUUUCAGUUCCAAUAUUUGUAAAUUUUUCAUUGAUUCUUCAUCAGUUGCUGAAUUUUAAAUUUUAAUUUGAUUCACUUAUUAUUUAUUAUUUUAUGUCAUUAUAAUAUAAUGUAGAUUAUUGGAAUUAUUUCAAAUAUUGUUAUUUAUGUUGUGUAAUUCUUCAUUUGGUAGUUGAAGUUUGACAUAUUUAAGUAUAAUAACUUGAUUUUAUUAAAAUUUUAUAUUUCCGGUUUUUAUAUUUUGACCAUUUCAUAAAACUUGUGUGUACAUUAUUGUUAUUAUAAUUUGGACGUAUUAUGUAAUAUUUUAUUUUUGUAUUAAUAUUUGCUAAAGAGUUUUGUAUUUAUUUAUAUUAAAACUAUUUCGUAUUUGUUAGGUCGCAAAAUUAAUGUUUUAUCAAAUUAGCUUAUUACUCAUUAUGUGAUAUUUGCAGUUUAUGCCGCAUGUGACAGUUGAUAUGUUUGCCAGGUCUGUGGGCGGUAUUAUGACAGUUUCGUUGACAGAUUGUAAUUGUCAAGUUUGUCAUCUGUCAAGUUGAUCGUCUUUGAAUAGAUAGAUACCUUCACAGUAUGACAAUAAAUUACUACCACAGAAUGCAAUGUUGAAUAUUUGUAUAAUUAUUGCAAGAUAAUAAACCCUUAAUUUGUUAAUUUGAAUAAAAAUAUUAUGUACUCAUCACAUAAUUCUGUAACUUCCAGCAAGUAAUAUCUAAGGAGUUAUAACUUGUUUAUGAAAAACAAAAAAUAAGAAUAAUAAUAUUUAAAAGAUCGUGUCAUUCCUCUUGAUAACGUACAAAUUUUGUUAUUCUACUUAUAUAAUAAUACAAUAUGUAACCAAAUGUUAAUUAUGGUGUUGACAAUAAAUGAAUUUAAUCUUAGUAUUAAUUAGUUUGAGGGGGCAGAGCCCCUGUUAUGAAAUAAAUUGUGACUUAAAUAAAUACCAAUAUAUUCCAAUUUCUUAGUCAUACACAAAUUGCUUUUUAAAAUAUUGUUCUACACAACACAAGACCCAUGAAAAAAAUUACUUAAUUUCAUUUAUAUUGGCACUAGAAUCUCAAUGCUAUGUGUAUGACUGAUAAAUCUAUUUUCAUGUCAAUUGGAUAAGUUGAAAAAUGUAUUAAAUGUUAAAUAAUUUUCCUCUCCAUAUUAAAUACAAAUACUGUUCCUGUUUUACAUCUAGAUCAAAAAAGUGAACCUUUACCAGACAUACAUCAGUACGAAACAGAUUAAAUUAAUUAAACAAUGAAUAUUGAUAUAACUGUAAAUAAUAUAUUUUAAAUUAAACUUACACGACAGAUAGAGAAGCAGUUGAUUCCAAAUCUUUUUUUAAUUCAACUUGCAGAGGACAGUUUUGAAAAUGUAAUGUACUUUGGUAACGUAAUUACUACAAGUUAUCUAUCUUUUGUCGUAUUAAAAUAAUGUAUUUCAUUAAAUAUAGGUAUAAUUUAUCAAACCUGAAAUAGUCAAUUAAGUAUCUCCAUGUUAAUUAGGCCUGUCCAUAUUAUUACUACGCCAACCUAUUUAUUGCGAGUGUGUGUGUUACUUUAUUGCUGUUGUUGAAAAUUUGAGAUUGAUGUAGAUUUAGGUGUUCAAUAAAGUGGUUACAAACAAA